AUGGAGAAGGCAAUAGCUGAUUUGGAGGAACAAAGUGGCUUUUGCCGAGGCAAUCCAUGUGUAAAAAACAUCUUUACCAUAAAACAGAUCGUGGAGAAGGGACAUUUUGUGUUCAUAAAUCUUGAGAAAGCUCAUGACACAUUGCUUGAGGUGCUGCGGUCAGCGGAAUUGCCAAAAAUGUACCAGCAGGAGCCCGCCAGGCCGCCCGCCUCGCACGACAGCGUUGCAGGCGGCAGCUCCAGCGGCGGAGACGCGGCUGACGAUGGCAGCGGAGGCGGCGGCGGCAGCAAGCGGCGGCGGUCGCGCACCAACUUCAACAGCUGGCAGCUGGAGGAGCUGGAGAGGGCCUUCCUCGCCUCUCACUACCCGGACGUCUUCAUGCGGGAGGCGCUCGCCAUGCGCCUCGACCUCAAGGAGUCGCGCGUCGCCGUGUGGUUCCAGAACCGGCGCGCCAAGUGGCGCAAGAAGGAGCACACGAAGAAGGGCCCGGGCCGGCCGGCGCACAACGCUCACCCGCAGACGUGCAGCGGGGAGCCCAUCCCGGAGGAGGAGCUGCGGCGCAAGGAGCGCGAGCGGCGCGAGAAGAAGCUGCUCAAGUCGCUGGAGCGCCAGCAGCGCAAGCUGGCCGCCAAGGGCGUCGCCGUCGACCUGGACACGCUGCGCCGCCAGUGGGAGGCCAAGCACCGCGCCCACGCGCCCGCCCACCAGCAGACCCAGCCCCUGUCCCAGCCCAACGACGACGAGGAGGAUAUCAACAUCGUCUCGGACGACGAGGCCAUCUCCAACUGCGGCCGAGUAUCGCCUACGCCGCCUCCGCAGCCGCCGCCUCCACCCCCGCCACCCCCGCCCACGGACGUCGGCCAGCAGGUCUCCGCGCCGCUCCCGCGCCGGUCCAACCCCUUCAGUAUCGAGAGUCUGCUGUCGCACGACGUGGACCACAGGAGACAGACUGUGUCGUCCUCGAUGACGCUCAAGUGA